CUCGAACGGAGCUACUCAGACCACGACAACAGACUUAGAGCUUCUCAAUCAUGGCUGGACCUACGCCUCUCCGUCUCGAUCCCGCCUACGAGAAAUAUAACCAAUUAAACAAGGAGCGAUGGAGAUACUUCCGAUGGACCCCCCGGACAGCGUUUAUUUCCUUUAUGUAUGCGGUUUUUGUGCCAACGGUUGUCGGAUAUGCCUUCGCAAAGACUGAUGGCAAAUGGGACAUGCGAGCGAAGCUGAAGGGCGAUACGAUCAGCGAGUUUUAGGCGACGAAACAAAAAGGGCUGCAAUACUUUCGACGACAAGGGACGAUAUCCUACCAUUGUACAUACAAAGGAAUUGGCGCCUCAUACAACUUGUCCUAUCAUCAUCACUGAUAUCUUCUGCUCCGGGGUUCUCGAGUCCGCGUCGUACGCUUGUUUCUUGAAGUUCUAUUGGAAUCAUGGGAGAUAAAAUGAUCACAAAGCUAUCAUGAUGGUCCAUACGUCUAGGUCUACCGCAGAAUCCAUUUAUGUCUCAGAUAGCAUAGUCUCCCGGGUCGUCAAUGCAUGCCAACAAAGCGCCAAAUGAGCUGUAUGACUCCAAUUCGAUUCACAAAUGCGCAUCCUUUGCGAUGGCCUGCCUUUUCCCAUGCCAUUGGAAGCUGACUUGAGUU